AUGAGAAUGAGCUGCAACGGAUGCAGGGUGCUUCGCAAAGGGUGCAGCGACGAAUGCGAGAUCAGACCCUGCAUUGAGUGGAUCAAAUCCUCCGAGUCCCAAGCCAACGCCACACUUUUUCUUGCCAAAUUCUAUGGCCGCGCUGGCCUCCUCAAUCUCAUCAAUGCUGGCUCCCCAGCCCUCCGCCCUGCUAUUUUCAAGUCGUUAUUGUACGAGGCGUGUGGACGGAUCGUGAACCCGACGUACGGCUCGGUGGGGUUGAUGUGGUCCGGGGGCUGGGACCAAUGCCAGGCAGCCGUUGAUGCAGUUCUUGAAGGAUCGCCCAUCAUAGGAAUUGAUGCGGAUGUGCUGAAGCGGAACACGAAUCCGAACCUGGAUCCUCCUCACAAAUCCGGGGACAUACGCCACGUGUCCAGGGACCCAACCUCGGGCAGUUCCUCUCAUAACAAAGCUACAACCCGGAACAAGCUCAAGAGGUUCAUGAACCGGCCCAAAAUCCAACCAGAAUCUGCAACCGGGUCAAACACCAAGAGUUUGGCACAACUCUGUAAUGUUCCAGACCCGGAUGAUUUGUACCCGAUUCCGCAAGGAAACGGGUCUAGCGGAGAUCAACAAGCUGCUGAUGAUCAAGAUGGAGAGGUAGGGUUGGAGCUGACUCUUGGUCUUGGGUUACCUCCUCUAACCCAUCUUAAUUAAUUAAUUAGUUAUUAAGUUUGUGAUGUGGAUGUUUGAGGGAGUGACAAGUGGAAAGGAAAGUUACGAGGAGUAAAGCACAAAUGAGCUUCAUGCAAUGCGGGAAGGGAUCUGAGUUGGUUGUGUUUUUACUGCUGUUCCUUUUUGUGUUACUUUUUUGCUUAGAAAAUCUGUGUCGGCUAAAAUUUUGAGUGGAGUUCUGUUUUGGUGUAAGAGAAUUAGGACAGAUGUAUACAUAUAUGCGCAAGCAAAAACAUUUACUUUAGAUUUCGCAUUUGGCGAUUCAUAUAUGUAAAUUUCAGUCAAGAUCGUUAAUGUGCCAGUUCUUCACCGAAAGUGUGAAUUGUUUCCU